UUGCUCUUGACUCUGACCAUGAAUCGCAUCUUUGGAACGUCUGCAAGCAAGAAACCUAAGCCGAGUCUUCAAGAUGCCAUUGCUGCCACGGACACUCGGAUAGCUUCCAUCGAAGUUAAGAUUAAGAAACUCGAUGCUGAGCUGGGGAAAUAUAAAGAGCAGAUGGCUAAGUUACGAAAUGGGCCGGGGAAGAACGCGAUUCAACAACGGGCGCUGCGGACGCUGAAACAGAAGAAGCUGUACGAAGGACAACUAGCCCAGCUUGCGCAACAGACUUUCAAUAUGGAGAGUGCCGCACUCACAACAGAGAACCUCCGCAAUACGAUGGCGACUUUCGAUGCGAUGCAGGUUGCCAACAAGGAAAUGAGGAAACAAUACGGCAAAAUCGAUAUUGACAAGAUUGAGAACAUGCACUAUGAUAUGGAAGAGCUACUUGAACAGAGUAAUGAGAUCUCAGAGAUAAUGGGGCGUUCGUACGCCGUACCUGAUGAGUUAGACGAAGCGGAUUUGGAAGCGGAAUUGGACGCGCUACAACUGGAAGAAGAGGAAGAAGGCACAUCUUACUUGUCUGACCUGAACAAGGUCCCCGAUUUUGUUGACGAGCCACCAGUAGAAGUCAGCGAGACCCCAGCACCAGAAGCAGUCAAGACCACUUGGUAA